AGUAACUUAUUAUUACUAAAAAAUUGGACGUAAUGAAAGUAAGAAUAACUUAUUAUUGUUAAAAAAAGUCAUAUAUGAGAUAUGGCUUAAUUGUAUGAAAAAAAAAGAAAUCCUCACAUGUCUUUAUAAUGGAAAAUGAAAAAAAUACACGAAUUCACGGCAAAGUUAAUAGAAGAACCAACUGUGCAACACUAUCGUAACUUGAAGAACUAUUUGUAAACUUUUUAAAGUUGAAGUACUAACCAUGCAUAAUACAUUGACUUGAAGCACUAACGGUGAAAUUUAGGCUUUUUUUAUCUUCGUAUUUUGUGAUAGCAAUGACAGAGUAUUAAUAUUCUGAUGAGUUUCUGAACUAUACUGUUUUUACUUUUUCUUUUCUUUUUUUCAAAACUUGAUUUGUUUGAAAAUGUGUCAAAUGAUGAUAUUUUAAAAACAUAUAUACAAGGCUCUACAAAUCCAGAAAAUGCUGAGGAGAAGAUUAUCUUCACUUAUACCAACAACAAUACUUGCUGCCCAGAAUCACCACCUCCAACACACGUCAAAGUUUAUCCAUUUCUUGCCUCUACAUCUCGCCUCACAGCCGUUCCUGCAAUGCUGGCCUGAUAUCACAAAGCCCGCCUGCGAAAUUGGGGGUAUACAUGCCUACAGCAGCCUAUUGGCGCUGAAUGAUCUGAGGGACAACCCGGGGGCCCGCAAGCAGAAGACCCGGAAGGGGCGUGGUAUUGGUUCAGGAAAGGGGAAGACUGCAGGACGGGGUCAUAAGGGUCAGAAAGCCCGUGGUACAAUGAAGUUUGGAUUUGAAGGUGGGCAAACACCACUUCGUCGCCGCCUCCCCAAACGGGGCUUUAAGAAUCCAUUCAGCCUCACAUUUCAGCCUGUAGGCCUAGGAAAAAUUGCAAAGCUGAUAAAUGCUGGGAAGAUAGAUUCCUCAGAGCUAAUCACAAUGAAAACCCUAAAGGAUACUGGGGCAAUAGGGAAGCAAAUUGAAGAUGGAGUCCGAUUGAUGGGACGUGGUGCGGAGCAUAUUCAAUGGCCCAUCCAUCUUGAGGUCUCUAGGGUCACAGUGAGGGCAAAAGCUGCAGUAGAAGCCGCUGGUGGGUCUGUAAGGAGAGUCUAUUACAACAAAUUGGGUUUGCGGGCCCUGCUCAAGCCCGAAUGGUUUGAAAAGAAGGGGCGGUUACUCCCCAAAGCAGCAAGGCCUCCGCCAAAACUGAAACACAAAGUAGACAGUAUAGGCCGAUUGCCUGCACCAACAAAGCCGAUACCGUUUACAACUGAAGAAAAAGAGGCAAUGUCCGCUGCUGCCGCUUGUUGAACAGGCAAUUCAUUUGAGUAUGUUUUUGUUUUGCCUAAUUUUGCUGGGGAGAGAAGAACAAGAAUCGUGGUUUUCUCUUUAGCUUGUUUUGAAAGAUUUUGUGUUUUUGGAUAUAUAUAAUUUAUCUAAGGAUGGCGUGGUUUAGAGCCUCUCAGGAUAGGCUUUAACAAGCAAGUGCUAGUCGAGAGACAAUGAGACGUUUAAAGUUUGCUUGAAUGAUAAUGUAAAAAUUACGCAUUAUUGUACACUUUUGACUUAGCUAAACUGUAAGAAUAAUUAUUUUUAAAUUUU